AUGAAUGAGGAUCAGAGAUCUCCUCUUCCCCUUACAAUUCUGAUAGUAGGAGCGGACAUUCCCCAGCUGGGGCCUCACAGCGGCAGUGCCAGUUCCAGAAUGCUCGGCUCCCCCCGGCUCCCCCCGGCUCGGCUCGGCUCGGCCCGGCUCGGCUCGGCCCGGCCUGGCUCGGCUCGGCUCCCCCCGGUUCGGCUCGGCCCGGCUCGGCUCCUCCCGGCUCGGCUCCUCCCGGCUCGGCUCGGCUCGGCUCGGCUCAGCUCGGCUCAGCUCGGCUCGGCUCCGCCCGGCUCGGCUCGGCUCGGCUCGGCCCGGCUCCUCCCGGCUCGGCUCCGCCCCGCUCGGCUCGGCUCGGCUCGGCCCGGCUCCUCCCGGCUCGGCUCGGCUCCUCCCGGCUCGGCUCGGCUCCGCCCGGCUCGGCUCGGCCCGGCUCCGCCCGGCUCGGCCCGGCUCGGCUCGGCCCGGCUCGGCCCGGCUCGGCUCGGCUCGGCUCCUCCCGGCUCGGCUCCGCCCGGCUCGGCUCGGCUCCCCCAGGCUCGGCUCAGCUCGGCUCCCCUCGCCUCCCCUCGUCUCCCCCCGGCUCCCCCCCGCAUCCCCCCGCCUCCCCCCGCCUCCCCUCGGCUCGGCUCCCCUCCCCCCGGCUUCCCCCGGCUCCCCUCGGCUCGGCCCGGCUCGGCUCGGCCCGGCUCGGCCCGGCUCGGCUCGGCCCGGCUCGGCUCCCCCCGGCUCGGCUCGGCCGGGCUCGGCUCCUCCCGGCUCGGCUCGGCCCGGCUCGGCUCCGCCCGGCUCGGCUCGGCCCGGCUCGGCUCGGCCCGGCUCGGCCCGGCCCGGCUCGGCCCGGCUCGGCUCGGCCCGGCUCCGCCCGGCUCGGCUCCGCCCGGCUCGGCUCCGCCCGGCUCGGCUCGGCUCUCGGCUCCCCCAGGCUCGGCUCCCCCAGGCUCGGCUCAGCUCGGCUCCCCUCGCCUCCCCUCGUCUCCCCCCGGCUCCCCUCGGCUCCCCCCCGCAUCCCCCCGCCUCCCCCCGGCUCCUCCCGCCUCCCCUCGGCUCGGCUCCCCUCCCCCCAACUACCCCCGGCUCCCCCCGGCUCCCCUCGGCUCGGCUCCCCUCCCCCCGGCUCUUCCCGCCUCUCCCCGCCUCCCCCCGCCUCCCCCUGCCUCCCCUCGGCUCCCCUCGGCUCGGCUCCCCUCCCCCCGCCUCCCCUCGGCUCGGCUCCCCUCCCCCCGGCUUCCCCCGGCUCCCCUCGGCUCGGCUCCCCCGGGCUCCCCCCGGCUCUCCCCGCCUCCCCCCAGCUCCCCUCGGCUCGGCUCCCCUCCCCCCAACUACCCCCGGCUCCCCCCGGCUCCCCUCGGCUCGGCUCCCCUCCCCCCGGCUCCCCCCCGGCUCUCCCCGCCUCCCCCCGGCUCCCCUCGGCUCGGCUCCCCUCCCCCCAGCUACCCCCGGCUCCCCUCGGCUCGGCUCCCCUCCCCCCCCCUCCCCCCGGCUCUCCCCGCCUCCCCCCGGCUCCCCCUGCUCCCCUCGGCUCCCCUCGGCUCGGCUCCCCUCCCCCCGGCUCCCCCGGGCUCUCCCCGCCUCCCCCCGGCUCCCCUCGGCUCGGCUUCCCUCCCCCCAGCUACCCCCGGCUCCCCCCGGCUCCCCUCGCUACCCCUGCCUCCCCCCCGGCUCCCCCCGGCUCUCCCCGGAUCUCCCCGCCUCCCCCCGGCUCCCCCGGGCUUCCCCCGGCUCCCCCCGGCUCCCCUCGCCUCCCCUCGCUCGCCCACCCACCCCACUCUCUUUAUCUAG